CUCGCUCUGCAUUUAUCUAGUCAUUGAUGCGUAUAGUACUUGAACCAUUACGGUACUCAAAGAAACAACCGGUUUCGUUAGGAUUGAUUUGCAGUGAGCUAAAAAUCGAUGCGAUAUGAAUAUCCGAAGUCGCUAUGGACGGAAGACCCAAGAUAACGCGUAAUACCGCGUAAUACGCGUAAUACUACCACUUGUACAACUGAAUAUAGCAGCUUCACUAAAAAAAUAAACGCUUCAAAAUAUUCAAUUUUAAGAAUCGUGUUUCCGUUACAACCAACAUGAAGUAGAACUGUCUAUCCAUUAAGUUUUUUAAAAUUCUGAAACGACCACUUGAUACCAUAUUUUCGGAAUUUCUAACGUCAGCGAUGGAUAGCAGCAUAUUCUUCGUUGGCACCUCUAUCACGAGGCACUUCAUCAAGCGUAUAUUACACCUGAUUUUAUCGACGUUAGCAAAUUGGUUCAGCGAAUCUGUCACAAGAUCAUAUAUAUAUAUAUAUAUAUAUAUAUCCUUUAUUUUGAAAGAACUAAAUACAAAUAGCGAUACGGCUCCAGAGCUCCCGAGGCUCCUAAGCAAGAGCCACAAUCUCGUUCUGUUAAUGAACCGGUGAUUACAUGAAAUUCUAAUGAAACGUGACUACAACAGCUGGUUGAUAGCGAACCAUUUGGCGAGCACCCGCUAUACAACGAAUGUAGUUGCUCACAGUAACUCCGUAUAGAGUGGUUAAAUAUUCAGAACUAGUCAUUUUUAUGUUGAGUGCAUCAUGCGCUGUUCGCAGUGUUACUACAGUUGGUUUGCGGCACUUACGAGGAAUGAAAUACCUUUGGCCAAACACGGCCAUUAUUAGAGUGUUGUUCACUCACUGUUUGACCACUUGUUGUUGUUUUUCAAGUACAUCGCGACAGCAAAGAAACGAAGACCGACAUGCAACUGGUGUUUGUAGCUUUUUCCUUAGUGUGUUUGUUGGGCUGUUUGGAUAGGGUGUUCGGAGACUGUAGAUGCUCCAAAAAUCGACCCUCCCGCUUCUCGUUCUCGGAGUCACCGCUCAGUUCAGAAGAACAGCUGGACAACAGAGAUGGACGGGAUGAUCUGGGAUUUAGCAGCGACAGCAGCAACAACGCUCAAAAUGAAAGAAGCUUAUGUUCCGUAGCUACGAACUGCCUGAAAUAUCCUGAAAAUGAUUCUACUGCAAAAAACACUGUGAAGAGAAAUGGGAUGCUAUUUAUUGAGGGUGGAGACUUCAUAAUGGGGACGGACGCGCCUAUUAUAGAAGCGGAUGGGGAACAUCCGGGACGUCAGGAGCAUGUAAAGUCAUUCUGGCUGGAUGAGGCAGAGGUAUCCAACGCAGCGUUCGACGAAUUCGUAAAAGCGACCCAAUAUCAGACGGAAGCAGAAAUUUUUGGAGAUUCUUUCGUAUUUGCUAUGCAUGUUAAGGAGGAAAUUGCUGCGCGCGGAGCGGCGCAAAUUGCCCCGUGGUGGUGGAGUGUGACGAACACAACGUGGAGAUAUCCCGAAGGUCCAGGAUCUAAUAUAUCGACGCGAAUGAACUAUCCAGUAGUGCACGUUAGUUGGAACGAUGCCAGGACAUUCUGUUUAUGGAGAGGUGGCCGCUUACCUACAGAAACAGAAUGGGAAUUUGCCUGCAAGAAGGCACUGGACGGAAGACCUUUUCCCUGGGACGAUACGAAGGAAACCGCAGAGGAGCAAAAAUCAGCAAACAUUUGGCAAGGGGUAUUUCCCAAGACGAACACAGUCGUCGACGGCUUUGAUGGAACAGCUCCGGUUGACGCGUACGCACCUAUGAGGGGAUUGCCCAUUAAAAAUAUCAUAGGAAAUGUGUGGGAAUGGACAGAGGAUAUUUGGCAGACGAUUCAUGACAAAGGCACAAGGGCCAAAGCUGCCAAAGCAGAGCAGGUUAAAGCGGCACCGGGUGCUACACAUCGGGUUAAAAAAGGCGGUUCGUUUAUGUGUCACAAAUCUUAUUGCUUUCGCUACCGUUGUGAAGCACGUAGCGAGAACACGGACGAUACCACGGCGUCAAAUGUCGGCUUUCGGUGCGCCGCAGAUGCCACCGCAUAGACGUAUUCGAACUUAUCAGUAUGCAUGCGUUUAUCACUUUUUUAGCUGUGUUUUAUCAAAUAGAGAAAUUACAUCAAUCAAGGCCAAAUCGA